AUAUAUUUUUAAAUAAUACAUUUACCAAAUUUUAUGAAAUUCUUAUCAUUUUGAAAUUCUUAAUAUUUUUAACACGGUUUAGUAUGGCAACAUUGUAUCGUCGCGAUCCACCCUCCUUAACUGUAUUUUCGUUAUUUGCCUCAGUAUUGAGCUUGAACUUUGAACGUAUAUUCAUUUUUCGUCUAAAUCUAAAAAAUCAAGUCGAGAUUUUUUGGCUGUGAGGUAUUCAGGCUUAUCAGGGAACUGGGAGUUUUUAUCUCGAGAGUCAGGGGGUUCGAUGUCCCGGAGAAGGAGGACCGACGUGAUUGAAAUGAUUUUGUUUUAUCAAAGAUUAUCAAUCGAUCAAAUAAAUUGUAAGGUCUACUGAAACUCACAUAAUCUUCUACGUGUAAAUAAUAAUGGUCGAAGUGAACUAAUAAUAAGUAGAAAAGGGUACAAUGUUUCGUACAGUAAAAAUAAAAAUGCAGUAAAUGAGAAAUAUCGUUAUUUUGCUAUAAAACCGAGUUAAGAUGUAUAAAUUGGUUUUUUAAUCAAUAUUCUCCAGUUUUUCUGUCAGAAACUUUUUUCACCUAAAAAAUAUAAGCUUGAAUUUCAAUGACCGAGUGUUUGGAAUGAUGAAGAAUUAAAAAACUUUUAACCAUGCGAAUAAUUAGAAAUAGAGAAAUGAAACAAUCAGUAGUGACUAAAAGCCUCGUCUGAAGAGACUCGAAUGUAGAUGGUAUCUGGAGUUGCGAUGAUAAAGUGAACGAAGGGAUAUAAUGGUGAUGAUAUCUUGGAAUUUCCUCUCGGAUGGUUAAGCACCAGAGAUAAGUGUAUGUUGUGCAGUUCGGUAGAGAUUGCGAAAAAAAAAAAAUAACCGGCGUUAUUUUGUUGUUUGCUUGCUUAUUAUUUGUCUUACGGCGCCUGUCGCCGUUUCCGACGAUGUGAAACUCGUCGCUUAUAUUCAUUAUCGGACGAAUGUAUCCAUAAGCGUUCACGCCCUUAUCGUACAAUUUCCUAUCAGCGAACCACAGGACCCGUGUUGUGUACACAAACAAUUUCAGUAAAUAAUGCGAUCUUCAUCUCUCCCCCCCACUCCAACAGUUUUUCUUUAUAAAUUAAUGCUAAGUUCAGGAAUAACGUCAGAUAGUGAAUUAAACUCGAAUAGAAACGUACCGAACUGAUACUCCGAUUUUUACAAUUUAUAAUCGUGCUUUUUAUUGUCGACGUUUCCGACUACUUUUUUGUAUCAACUCAAUAUCAAUGCAAAGUAUGAAAAGAACGAUUUUAACUGUUUCGAGAGACAGUAAUCUCAAAAGAUUCUUAUGCACUCAAGAAAUCAUAAAAAGAGACGAAACUUUUGGUGGCUUGCAUUUCAAACCGUUGCCCGUUGUACUCGAAAGGGGCGAGGGUGUUUACUUAUGGGAUGUCGAAGGGAAACAGUAUCUCGAUUUUCUCGCUGGCUUCUCCACCGUCAAUCAAGGGCAUUGCCAUCCUCGUCUCGUCUCAGCUAUGAGAGACCAAGCUGGAAAACUUUGCCAUACUUCGAGGGCUUUUUUCUGUGAUCUCCAUGGCGAAUUGGCCGAAUAUCUCACCAAAUUGUUUGGAUAUGAUCGAUUUAUACCAAUGAAUACGGGGGUUGAGGGUGGUGACACAGCUCUAAAAAUUGCAAGACGAUGGGGCUACAGAGUGAAAAAGAUCCAGAGCAAUCAAGCCACGAUUAUUUUCGCGGCGAGUAAUUUUUGGGGACGUUCGAUAGCCGCAAUUUCAGCAUCGACAGAACCAUUGACUUACACUGAUUUCGGGCCGUUCGUGCCAAAUUUCGAAAAAAUUCCUUACAACGAUCUCGAUGCUCUCGAGAAGAAAUUCAAGGAGAAUCCAAAUAUCGUCGCUUUUAUGGUUGAACCGAUCCAGGGAGAAGCUGGUGUAGUCGUUCCUGAGGAUGGAUAUUUGAAAGGCGUUAGGCAGUUGUGUACCAAGUACAAUGUCUUGUGGGUGUCGGAUGAAGUGCAAACUGGACUCGGACGGACUGGAACGAGGCUCGCUACUGACUUCGAGAAUCUAAAACCCGAUAUUGUUAUUCUUGGCAAAGCUCUUUCCGGUGGAAUGUACCCAGUUUCCGGUGUCUUGGGUAGCGACCAGAUAAUAAAAUGUUUGGAGACCGGAACCCACGGGAGUACGUUUGGGGGUAGUCCAAUGGCGUGUAGAGUCGCUUUAGAAGCGGUGAAAAUAGUCGAGGAGGAAAAAUUGGCGGAAAAUUCGAUGAGGCUCGGGAAAAUCGUUAGGGAAGAACUGGAAAAAGUGCCAAAGAAUAUAGCAACGGAAUUCAGAGGUCGUGGCUUGCUCGCUGGUCUCGUUAUUAACAAAGAAUUCGCUGAGGGCUGGAACAUUUGUCUGAAACUGCGAGAUGCUGGCUUGCUGACUAGGCCAGCACACGGACAAAUUCUUCGGAUAUCGCCACCGCUCACCAUCACCGAGGAACAACUUAGAGAAGGACUCGACAUCAUUACGAAAACUCUACGCAACAAUUAAAAGUUAUUCAGAGACGUAGUGUACAUUUUAUUUUCAUGUCAUCCAGUCGAAUGAGCUGUUUCAUCCCUUUUUCGCAUUGUUGACCAAUCGCGAAGGAACGAGACAAACCGAAAAGAAAGAUUCUUUAAAACAAGUUUUUUGAAUGUUCUUUACUGAAGGAUUUUUUAGCGUUUUUCAUCGAUCAUCGAAGUAUUGAAAUGUUUAUUUCUAAUAUUAAUACUCUUGCAAAAAUAAAUAGUGGAGUAAUAAAAAACAUUUCAUUUCCAA